AUGUUCUCGUCAGCACUCAAGUCGCUGAGCUCCAACAUCACCGCCAACUAUCAGAUUGCUCCCCACCCCACCGUGUACUCGGGCCCCUGGAGAAUCCAUGAUGGCACGAAAAAGUCCACCGGCACCGCAGCGUCCAUCUUCAUCUUUGACCGCAAAACUCUCGAAUCGCGGUCCGGUGGCUUCGGCGGCCGUUCUGGCUCCGCCAACAAGAAGCUACAGGAAGAUGUCAUCGACCGGCUGAAGCGCGAAGCUAGCAACCUCGCCCGGCUCAGGCACCCGUCCAUCCUGCAGGUUCUCGAGCCGGUCGAGGAGACCCGCAGUGGCGGCCUGAUGUUUGCAACAGAGCCCCUCACUGCGUCUCUGUCCGGCCUGCUGCUGGAGCAAAAUGGUCAGGAUAAUGCCGCCGGCGGCUCGAGAGGCAGCCGAUAUAUGGUCCAAGAGCCCGACGGCAGCCGUCGAAGGAAGGAUUUUGAGAUUGACGAACUUGAAAUCCAAAAGGGCCUGUUGCAAGUCGCCAAGGGUCUUGAGUUUCUCCACGAGUCGGCCGGGCUGGUGCAUGGCAACCUCAACCCGGACGCCAUCUAUAUCAAUUCCAAGUCCGACUGGAAAAUCUCCGGUCUGGGGUUUGCUGGGCCUCCCGAUUCCUCGGAGACUCGAACAUCGCUUCCUCCGCUGGCCGUGUCCGAGGUUCUCUACCAGGACCCACGGCUGCCGCCUUCAGUCCAGCUGAAUCUCGACUAUACCUCGCCCGACUUUGCUCUGGAUUCAAAUGUGUCUUCAUCUGCUGAUCUUUUCUCCCUGGGUCUCAUCAUCAUCUCGCUCUACAAUUCCCCGCAUGUGUCACCACUGCAAACCCAUGGGAACUUGACCACCUACAAGAAGCUGCUCAGCUCCCCAUCAACAACUCCGUCGCAGGGGAACAACUUUCUCUCUUCCAAACCGAUCCCGAAAGAUGUCUUGUCGCAUGUCCUGCCGCGGCUGAUUACCAGAAGAGCGGCCCAACGCAUGAAUGCGCGAGAAUUUCAGCAAUCCCAAUACUUUGACAAUGUCCUAGUAUCCACGAUUCGGUUCUUGGAAUCACUGCCUACCAAAAACCAGAAUGAGAAAACUCAAUUCUUGCGUGGUCUGCAGCGCGUCCUUCCUGACUUUCCCCCUUCUGUGUUGGAACGGAAGCUGCUCGGUGCGCUUCUCGACGAGAUGAAAGAUCGGGAGCUUCUACCUCUUUUGUUACAAAACGUAUUUGGGGUUCUUUCAAAAAUCCCCAAUGGUCGCCGCGCUUUCCCCGAGAAAGUCAUUCCUCGUCUGAAGGAGGUAUUCGGGACGGGCUCGGCCAAAGGACCAGUGGAACGGGACUCUAAGAAGGAUGCGGGCCUGAUGGUUGUGUUGGAAAACAUGAAACUCAUUGCGGACAACUGUUCCGGAAUGGAGUUCAAAGAAGACGUUUUACCUCUGAUGCGACUUGGACUGGACUCGCCAACACACUCCCUCGUGGAUGCAUCUAUCAAAUGUCUGCCGGUGGUGCUCCCUGUUCUUGACUUUAGCACCGUGAAGAACGAAGUGUUCCCUCCUAUCGCUAGUACCUUCAGUCGCACCAGCAGUCUUGCCAUCAAAGUUCGCAGCUUAGAAGCUUUUAAUGUCCUCUGUGGAGGCUCCGUCGAGGACUCCGACGGAUGGGAUGACGAUCUGACCGGCACCGUCCCGACCAAUAAAUCGAAAUCGGUCAAGACGUCCAUUCUGGACAAGUACACCAUUCAAGAAAAACUGGUCCCAUCCCUCAAGGCAAUCAAGACCAAAGAGCCUGGGGUGAUGAUGGCCGCCUUGAAGGUGUUUCGCCAAGUGGGUACCGUCGCAGAUACAGAUUUUCUCGCUCUCGAGGUAUUGCCUAUCCUCUGGAGCUUCAGCCUGGGCCCGCUGCUGAACCUCCAACAAUUCAAUGAAUUCAUGGCCUUGAUCAGGACCAUCUCUUCCAAGAUCGAGAAGGAACAGACCCGAAAGCUACAGGAACUUUCCUCUGGUGGCGAUUCAACCGGUUUCCAGAAUGGCGGCGACAGUUUCUCCCAAUCCGCCACUGAUCUUACUUCGGGUGAUGUGGACAAUGCCCGGAACCACUUUGAACGUCUUGUUCUGGGCAAGGGCGCUGCUGCACCUUCGAACGGCCAGGACAAGAUGGAUAUCUGGGGCAGCAUGGAACCGGAGCCGGCCAAAUCGUCGCGUCCCAGUCUGUCGCCCUCGUUCUCGUGGCAGACCAAUAAUCAGCAAGCUAGCUCUGGCUUCCGCUCCAUCACGCCCGAUCAGAAACUGAGCUCUUUCCCGUCGCUUGAGCCCACGGCCCGACAAGGCUCACCCAUGGCUUCGGCCUUCCCCUCAAUGCAAGGUACGGCCGGGCAGUCCUCGGCAUCGAUCUGGGACACGCCUAGCUCUAGUCACCACCAAGCUCAGGGAAGCAGAUCUGGUGCGCCCUUGUCAUCUUUGUCCACGAUGACCUCCACCAUGUCGCAGCAGAGGCCCAAUUACUCUGCGUUCUCCGUUCCCUCUCCGCUAUCCGGAAGCAUGGGCAGCAAUACUGCUCUGAGAUCUCCACCAGCGGGACAAAACAUGGCCUCGAGCGCAUUUCCCAGUCACAACAUCAAUCCUCCUCCGCAACCACCACCACAGCAACCGAAGCAAGGGUUAGCAAAGUACGAAAGUCUGCUGUGA